GAUUUUCUUCUUUCUUUCUUUUUUUUAGAGAAAAAGGGAAAAGAUCUUAUUGCAAAUCACGAGUAGCAAAAAAUAGUUUUAAGCAUUAAAUAUUUUUAUUGAGAGAAUCCUUUUUCCAUUGUGGAAAUAAUAUUUGACUUAAUUAUUGGGUUUGAGAGAAAACAGUAGCCGCGGCCCGCGGGUUUGUCAAAAUUUUUGGGGAUAAUUGGGUCAUUCCGCUUUGAUUUUGUAGUAUGCCAAACCCUUGCCAAUCGAACCCGCCUCUCUGAAAGGAGACCGAAUUUUGAUAUCUGCUGACUCCUGAGAUUAAUCGGAGAAACUACCAUGGCGAAGCGAGAGCUAUCCACUACUCUGAAGAACUUAAAGUUCAUGCAAAGGGCUUCUCAGAAAGAGGAGAAAACCAAGAAAGAAGAAGAGGUCGUGCCUGCAUCAGAUUUCCCUGCCUGCAGCGCUACUAAAAGAUGCAUUGUUAUAGUUGAAGGUGAUCCGCAUCCAGGGGCAACAAGAGGUCGCAUGUCAUUUUUAAGUUUUAAUCCAUCUAUUGAUAAACUCAAUGAAGAAGCAUCCAGCCCUAGUGAAACUGAAUCAGCUGCUACAAGUUCUGGUAGGCAAAAUGAAUCCUUCAGAGAAAAUGGGUCCCCUCAAUGUAGGUCAGACGACUUGGGAUUAGAUUCUUCAAGCAAUGAUUCCAACGGCAAUCAUAAGAGGAAGCAACACGACUCUGGCACAGAAGCAGAGACUCCAAGUAAGUCGAGGAAGAGCGAUCAAGAUAACCAAGAUUCAAACCCAGCUCGAAGCCGCAGCUCUCAGAAGAAAAAUAAGCGUGAAAAGCUGGAUUGGAAUGUUCUUCGGCCUCCCAAGUAUCAAAGCAAGAAGAGGUAAGUGUUGUGAGAGAUCAGUGAUGAUAUGUUCUAGAGUAAUUUUUUGGCAUAAGUUGCCUUCCGCUGCCGACUCUAUUGUAUCGCAUUGUUGGUUGUAUCGAAAGUUUUGUCCUACAGUUCAGAUAAGAUCUGUGCAAGUAGCAUUGCUGUAAUGUUUUUUUUUUUUCCUCUUAAUUUUCAUAAACAGAUGCUAUGGUUUAUUUAUCUUUAUCAAUUUUUUAUAUGACAAUUUUAUGGAAACAAUAUUCACGAA